GGGACACGCCAACACCGCCCCAACCCGGUUGGGUUUGGUCCUGAGGGGAGAAUGGGGAGAAAAAACGGCCUCAAGUUGCACCAGGAGAGGUUGAGGUUGUUAAUCUGGGGUGAUUUCUCCCCAAAGGGCUGUGGGUGUUGAACAGGCUGCCCAGGGCAGUGCUGGAGUCGCCGUCCUGGAGGGGUUAAACACACAGAUGAGGUUCUCAGGGACAUGUUUAAUGCCAGGGUGGGUUCUGGUUGGACUCCAUGAGCUUGAGGGGAAAUUCCAACCAAGUUUAUUCUGUGAUUCCGUGAUUCUGUGACCACCCCACUGCCGCCAGCCGGCUGGGAAGUCGCCACUCUCGGUGGUUUCAACUUGAGGCAAGUUUUGGUGAUAAUGACACAGAAAUUUAACUUGCCAUCAAUAGGACAAGGGGUGACAGUUUUAAAUUAAAAGAGGGGAGAUUGAGGCUGGAUAGAAGGAAAUUGUUGCCCUGAGGGUGGUGAGAGCCUGGCCCAGGUACCCAGAGAGGAGGUAGAUGAACCAUCCCUGAGACAUCCCAGGCCAGGCUGGACGGGCUCUGAGCACCCUGAGCUGGUGACGAUGUCCCUGUCAUGGCAGGGGGGCACUGGGGGGCUUUAAACGUCCCUUCAACACAAACUGUUCUAUAAUUCCAAGAAAUGCAGCCGCUGUCACCAGCACUUGGAGUUGCCCUCACACCCACACAGCGCAAUCGCUUGCAUCAGCGAGGUAAAACAAACUCUGAAGGUCUUCAUGUGUGGUCGACACACUCACUACCACCUUUUAUUCACAUUAAGCGUCAGUGACAUUGACGUAAGACCCACAAGCCAGCUUAAAAAAUCAAAUCACAGAAUCAUUUUGGUUGGAAAAAACCUUUAGCCAACAGCCGUGAAUAACUUUUGCCUUUAGCCGGACUAACGAGCUGAGAGAACGCGGAGGUUGAACUUCAACCCGGCUCCUCUGCUGGAUUCGCCGCCAUCUUGCGGAGUGAGGGGGAAACGCGCCACGCGCGGCGCUGCGCACGGCCCGCGGCGCGGCCUGCCCCGCGCCUAAGCCACGCCCCCCGCUUUGCACACGGCCCCUCGCCCUAUAAAAGCCGGGGGGGGCCGCUGAGCGCCGCCUGUCAGUGAGGCGGCGCGGCCUGUGGAGGCGCUGUGAGCAGAGGCGUGAGCCUUGUGUGUGUUUCUUCCCCCCCCUGCGGGGUUUUACCCUCUGUUCUCGCAUUGCGGCUCAGUUUAUGCGUGCCCUUUGUACAUUGGGGAGGCAGGUUGUGUUUUCUAGGGGUGAUAGUGCUGGGAAGGGGCUCCUGUGGUUGUGCGGUUCUCUCGGCCAUAGAGCGAGACCAGGCGGGUUUGUGGAGGCUCAGUUCCUGCUCAAACCCGCUUAAUAAAGGUGUUUUGUACGUUUUGGGGCAUGGAAACGUUUCAUUUUUAAAAGGCUUGUGGUGCUGAGGGUUAAAGGCCAGAUCAAAACGUGGCUCAACAAGAAGAAGGGGGGGUCUCAUUCCCCAAUACUAAAUUAUUUACACAUACCAUUCACACAUAAUAGUACAUAUUAGUAAUUAUUAAUCAUUACAGAGGAAAACAGCGCCAGCCCGGAGGUCUUUCCCAAAGGCUUUGGCUGGAGGUGACUUCAAUGUGGGGACCCUCUCCUUAGGUUACCUGCGAAAUGGCAACGGCUCAGAAGCAGCGGAAUUGCGUGAAUUUGCAGAGCGCGGUUGUGUUUCCCACCAAGAUCUCCACGGAGCAGCAGUCGCUGAUGCUGGUGAAGCGGCUCUUGGCCGUGGCCGUGUCCUGCAUCACCUACCUCAGGGGGAUCUUCCCCGAAAGCGCCUAUGGAACCAGAUACAUGGACGAUGUCUGCGUCAAAAUUCUGAGGGAAGACAAGAACUGUCCUGGCUCCACUCAGCUGGUGAAAUGGAUGUUAGGGUGCUACGACGCCUUGCAGAAGAAAUACCUGAGGAUGAUUGUCCUGGCAGUCUACACGCAUCCAGAAGAUCCUCAGACAAUUACAGAGUGUUACCACUUCAAGUUCAAGUACACCCACAACGGGCCCCUCCUGGAUUUCAGCAGUAAGGAUAAAAGGAACGAUUCCACGAUCACGUGUGCAGACACCAAGAAAGCGAGUAUCCUGCUCAUCCGCAAGAUCUACGUGCUGAUGCAAAGCCUGAGCCCGCUGCCCAACGACGUCUGCCUGACCAUGAAGCUGUUCUAUUACGACGAAGUGACGCCGUCCGAUUACCAGCCGCCCGGCUUCAAGGAGGGCGAGUGCGAGGGGAUGGUGUUCGAGGGGGAGCCGCUGUACCUGAACGUGGGCGAGGUGCCCACCCCCUUCCACAUGCUCAAGGUCAAGGUCACGACCGAGAAACAGCGCAUGGAGCACGUGGACAAAAGCAUCUUCAAGCACGGGGAGAACAGCGUCCCGCUGCGGGAGCUCAGGGUGGACGGGGACGAGCCGGAACGCGAGAACCAGGACGUGAAUGAAGAUCCCGUCUUGGAUAAUAAAGUGGAAGAAAGGAAUAAUAUCAAUAUUUCAGAAGCUCAAGAGCCAAAUUUACCUUGUGAAGAGGACGAAGUGACGAAGGCCGGAGGGAGCCAGGGCCUGUGUGUUUCUAAUCCUCAGGUCGAUCGUUUGGCGAGUAAGACGGCUGAACUUCACAUGUCAGAGAGCAGGACAAGAAGCGGGAAGAUAUUUCAAACCAGCACUGUUAGUGCCGCUUUUUUCUCUAGUUCUUUUCAUUUCUGUUCCUUUUUAAGCCUUUUUCUGUUCCAAACACCGCGUAAAACUCCAACACAUUUCACACUGACAGAAUGAAAUUGUCACCGUUUCUAAAAUUCACAUUAAACUCAACACAUUUGGAUUCUUAGCGUCAAAAAACCAGAGUUAAAAGCCGAGUGUCGAUGUAAUUAACGCAGCUCCCCAAUUGUACCCGUUCCGUCCCCAGGUUCAUCACUUUGAGCUCUCGUCCAGUCAAGACGUGCUGCCGAAAAGGAGGAAGAUGAGCGAACCAAAGGAGCAGUUUUAGAUAGUUGGUUCACAGUUUGUCUCCACGCAGCGUCGUUUAAGUCAAUGUUCGUAUUUAAGUAUCUUUUUAGGCAUCUUUCUGUUCUAUUUGUAGUCAAAAUGGAGAGUAUUUUAAGGGAAGAAAAUCUGGCAAGAAAGCCCAGCUGGAGAGAUGAGAAUUGUCUGUUUUCAGAGGCGGUCGUGCCCGUCGGGAAGGACAGAUGGACUACGGACGGGACGGACAACAUUUCUGUCACAAAGGUGAUUUGGGGGGAUUUGACUCCCCGCUUACAACUCAUUUACAUCCUGAUGGCGCUCAUGUAACCUUCAGUACCCGAACCACAACGUUUUACUGGUAAUUUUGGGCUGCAUUUCAAAGCUGAGGGGGACACAAAACCCCGCAAGUCUUGGUUAAAUUCGGUGCUUUGUGCUGGGUUCAGGAGGGCGGUGUUAGUUAUCACAAUAUUGCAUUUUGGUUUUGCUGCUGAAGCAGUUUAGGGUGGUUUGAUUCUUCACAGUUUGUCCAGACUCAAGUAAAAAACAAGCAUUCCUCAUACCUUUAAUUACAUAUUUCAUGCCAAAAGACAGGAAUUUCUGUACAGCUGUGGUGAGACAUGCAUUUAAUUACAAACGGAGCCACGUCAGGGAUCUAUUAUAACGGUGUGAGAUUAUUUGAAGAAACCUAUAUGUACUUAAGAUGAUUGAUUGCAGAGGUCAAAUGCCACAGUUUCUUUUUUUUUAACAAAUGUGUUAAUCUUUCCUGUCCAACAAAUGAACUGAAGCUCUUAGAGCUGCUGCUGUCUGUAGGUGGGGGAUGGCGGAACGCUUCUUGACAUUUUUGACUUCAGAAUGUCAUUUUAUCAUUCCUCAAUUAAAAACAAGGUUAAUAUGUA